GAAAAAAUUAUGGAUCAUCAUUUUAAUAUUUAACGUUUAUUUUUCAAACGGUUUUAUAAUGAAGAAAAGAUACCAAGCAUGUGGUGACCGUCUAAGCGAUUUAUUAAUGCUUGUUUGUGGUUCAGAUUAUGCGGAAAAACGAACUGUUGAUGAACAUAGCUCUAUAGAAAGUGUUCUAACAGAAUUUACUUCUAAAGAUGAUUCACCAGAUGAGGGGAUAAUACAUUCAACAGAUUUCGAUAAUCAAAUUCAAGUAAAACAAAAUUUAUCUACAAGACGAGUUGUUGAUGAGUGUUGUAAAAGAUCUUGUUCUCAUAGCACUUUGUUAUCCUAUUGUGGUUAAAUGUAAAAAAAAUGUGCCUUUUUCCACUUGAUUAUUUCUCAAAAA